AAGCCUCUCUCCCCUGCUGCCCCUCCUCACUCGCCAGCAUGACGCUCUCUCUCCCUCCGCUCUCCCUCAUACCUCCCUCCGCUCUCUAACUUUCUUUCGCCUCUGAAAUAGCAAUAAAAAAAACACCGCUACGACCGCAUUUUCUUGACCCUUUCUAACAUCAUUGCGGAGGACAUGACCGCGGUGAGGACGACGAUCCCCCGGCGCCGCUUCUGACAGCUGAGUUCCUUCGGCAAUGCCACAGUCCAAUCUCUGAUGAGACGAUGAGAACGCACACCCGCGGGGCGCCCACAGUCUUCUUCAUAAGUCUGCUGUGGCCCCUGCUUGGCCCGGCGGCCGCGGUGGAUGUGGACCCCGGCGGAGGAAUCCCCUUCAUGGGAGGCAACUACGAUGGUCACCCCAUGCUGUACUUCAGUCGCGGCGACGUGGAGGAGCUGCAGUACGCCGCGGCAGGGACUCACCGGGAUAUGGCGAGGAGGAUCCGCGAGGCUGGGGAAGCCAUGCUGGAGCACCCAGAGGAGUAUCUGCCUCCCUGGAGCCCCGCUGAGUUCAGUGCCCGCUGGAACGAGGUUUAUGGGAACAACCUGGGAGUGCUGUCCAUGUUCUGUUUGCUGUACCCGCAUCGGGCCGGAGCCCUCGACCUGGCCAAAGACUACAUGGAGAGGAUGGCGGCUCAGCCUAGUUGGCUGGUCAAAGACGCCCCCUGGGAUGAAGUUCCUCUGGCACACUCUUUGGUCGGGUUUGCCACCGCUUAUGACUUCCUGUACGAGUAUUUGAACAAGGGCCAGCAGGAGCGCUUCCUGCAGGUGAUCGGCAACGCGUCACGCCUGAUGUACGAGAAGUCCUACGUCCGGGGCUGGGGUUUCCAGUACCUGCACAACCACCAGCCCACCAACUGUGUGGCUCUGCUCACAGGAAGUCUGGUUUACAUGACCCAAGGUUACCUUCAGGAGGCCUACCUGUGGACCAAGCAGGUCCUGUCCAUCAUGGAGAAGUUUAUGGUCCUUCUGCAGGAUGUGACAGACGGCUCCCUGUAUGAAGGAGUGGCCUACGGGACGUACACCACCCGUUCUCUAUUCCAGUACAUGUUCCUGGUGCAGCGCCACUUUGCCAUCGGCCACUUCGACCACCCCUGGCUCCUAAAACACUUUGCCUUCCUGUACAGGACCAUCCUGCCUGGAUUUCAGCGAACUGUAGCUAUUGCAGAUUCCAACUACAACUGGUUCUACGGACCAGAGAGCCAGCUGGUCUUCUUGGACCGGUACGUGUUGCGGAAUGGGAGUGGAAACUGGUUGGCAGACCUGAUUCAUCAAAACAGAGUGAUUGAAGGACCAGGGCAGGCUGGGAAAGGCCAGCGAUGGUGUACGCUCCACACAGAGUUCAUCUGGUAUGAUCCAGGCCUGAUCCCCAAACCCCCGUCAGAUUUUGGAACGUCGCAGCUCCACUACUUCGAGGACUGGGGCGUGGUCACAUAUGGCAGCACUCAACCUGCCAAAACCAACUGUACCUUUCUGUCCUUCAAGUCGGGGAAGCUCGGGGGACGCGCCAUCUUCGACAUCGUUCACAGGAACAAGUACAAGGAGUGGAUCAAAGGCUGGAGGAACUUUAACGCCGGCCACGAGCACCCCGAUCAGAACACUUUCACCUUUGCACCCAACGGCAUCCCGUUCAUCACUGAAGGACUGUACGGACCCAAGUACACUUUGUUGAACAAUGCGGUGUUGUUUGGCCCGACCUUCUCAGGGAGCUGCUUUAAGCCGUGGGCGGGACAAGUUACAGAAGCCUGCGACUCCAAGUGGCUGAAAUACAAGGUGGGGCUUGCAGCUGAUGCUCAGGGCAGAGUGGAAGCUGCUAUGGAGAGAGAGGGAAUGGUCUUCAUCCGAGGCGAGGGACAUUCCGCUUAUAAUCCAGAACUGAAAAUUAGGAACUUCCAGAGGAACCUGCUCCUUCUUCACCCGCAGCUCCUGCUCCUCGUGGACCACAUCCACCUGGAUCCAGACAGCCCAGUCAGGGCCAUGAGUGCCUUCUUUCACAACACGGAGCUGCCGUUUCAGAGCACAAAGAUAGAUGAUGUUCAUGGAGCGUUUGUGUCACAUAGGGAGGAUAAAUAUAAGAUGUUCUGGAUGGAUGACACCAGCUACAGUAGCAAAGGGGUGUUGGGUUACUGGAAUUACCCUCGAGGGUACCCCUAUAAUGGCUCUAACUAUGUGAACGUCACAAUGCCGUUGAGGUAUCCUCACACCAGGGUGGCGUACAUUUUCUUUGGACCUGGCGUGGACGUGCAGAGCUUCAGCCUGCGUAGCGAUGAUCAGAGGGUGGAUAUUUACCUGGCCACCAAGGACCACACCUACACCAUCUACCUGCUGACCGGAGAGGUCACCAGCAAGCCGCUGUUCUCCAUGGUGCUGCUUGACCACAAGAAAAUCGUGUUUGAGAAGUCAGCAGCUGUGGUAGACAGCUCGCCAGAGGAAGUGGAGGAAUACGUCAACGUGAUGGAGGACAACCUCCAGCACGUCAAGCCCGUCUUUCAGCAGAUGGAGAGGCACAUCCUGGGACGGGUUCUCAACACGGCCAGCUUCCGUAAGACUGCAGAGCGCCUCCUCCAGUUCUCCGACAAGAAGAAGACGGAGGAGGUCAUCGAGAAGAUGUUCGCCAUGUCCAAGAAACAGAGCAAAGGCAAAGGGGGGAAGAAAGUGAACCUCGGGGAAAAGCUUUCUGAGAAUCUGCCUGACAUUUUUGCACAGAUUGAGGUGAAUGAGAAGAAGGAGAGACAGAGGACUUCAAAGCGGACUUAUGAGGACAGUCCGGAGGAGGGGGACGCAGACUCGCGGGCCUUUAUGGAUUAUACAGAUGGCCGCAAGAAUAGAAAGGGCGGCUUUGUCAGGGGCCGCAAAUUCAAAGAGAUUCACAUGGUGGCCACAGCAGGGAGCGAGAGUCUCCCCAGCACAGCUUCCUACAUUAGACUGUUCCUCCUCCUGAACACUGCCACCUUCUUUUUACUGUUGGCUGUGCUACUGACUCGCUUUCAGAGGGGUCGGAGUCUGCACACUCAGAGAUGUUUCUACACCAUCCUCCUGAUCGACUGCUUCAUCCUACUAUACCUCUACUCCUCCUGCUCUCACAGUCAGUGCUAACAUCGUGAGCGUUGGAGAGGUCAUCCAUCUGCAGAUCAGUCACCUGCUGUUCAUGGUGAACUGAUUGUGCCUCACACCUCACUCUGAGCCAGGUCUUAUGACAGUAUCAGGGCCACUGUUUACAAAAAAUGUCUGGAGAUUUCAAGAACAAAAAGUUAGAAGAAUAAAGCUGUUGUUUUGUCAGACAAAAUAUUAUACUUUGAGAGUAAAUUUGUAAAUGUACAAGAGGAUAAAGUUGUAGUUGCACAAAAAAAAUCACUAUCUUAAGAGUGAAGUCAUAAUGUCAGGAGACUCCUUUAAAAAUACUUCAUCUACUUAUCUCAGAUGCAAAAUUAUGGGACACAAAUCGCAUCACUCCUCAGAUGCAAAUUAUAAUCUUAAAGUAUAAUAAUACGACUUAUAUUUUCGUAAUGUUGUGGCUUCUACAUUUUAAUAUAUCGAGUUUCAUCCUAUAUUAUUAUGAUUACCUAUCAUAAUAACUUUUAUUUCUUUAUUUUAUUACUCCUUAAUGAUGUAUUGAUCAGAUGAUAGUAUUUUAGUAAAUAAUGCACUGAUUUGAAACCUUUUUUGCCAAAAAAUAUGAUUGAGCUCAUUUAAAAAUAGUGUCGCCACGUAGUUUUUAAGCAGCUAAAUACCAACUUUACCACCAACUAAAAACAGUGCUGAUUAUAUAAACUGGCUGUUGACCUUAAUGUACCUGUUUCCAUCCUUUAACGUUCAAUAAUAUCACAACAGCAGCUAAUGGAACCAGCUAGCUUACAGUUAGCAUACAGUUAGCCGCUCACGAUACAACUUCAGCUUCAACUUCAGCUUUUAUUUUCAUUCAGCAAGGUACGUAGUACACAGUUAAACGAAAUGACGUUUCUCACAUCCAUUCACAGUGCACAAAUGAGGGUAAUACUAUAAAAAGUUAAGAAUAAAUACAAGGUAAAAUUAAAUAGAUCAUUUUAAAAAGACUAGACUAGAUAAAAGAGCAUAACAAAAGCACAAGCAUACUUCAAACACAACUGCUGAAACAUUUGGGUGUUGCUUAUAAUUAACUGUAACGUACUAGCUGGUUGAUUCAGCUAAUCUAGAGGCACAUAUCUGAUGUUGUUUCCUGGUAAAACUUUAACAAAACAACUGGUUAUGGUGAAAACGGUUAGCAUUGUCCGAACGGGCCUUUCCUAAACUGGGACUGUCUUGCUUACAAUGUUAGCCCGGCUAGCUGACGGUAAAUUACUGAACAACACGGUUUUAUCGUAGUAACAAAAAACAUUUAAAUACAACUCUACUGAUAAGAACAUAGUAACUGUGUUCUUGAAAUGUCUUCACUGUUUUUCUAACAGUGGCCUUAAUACUGCUAAGAUCUCCCCAACGGGUGCUUGUUCAGGAAAAACAACUGAUUCCAAAUAGGAAUUGAUGAAUUGCUGAGAUGAAAUCAGACCACCUCUGAUGUAAUAAGCUUCUGUGGAGCUUUAGAACCGAGUCUGUGUGAAGUUUGUCCUUUGCAGUGUUCAGAGGUCCAGCCUUGUCUCAAAGAUCUCAAGGUUUGCCACUAAAGCGCCGCCGCCACACCUGUACUUGAGAUUUGUACUGUUCUACAUAUUUCAUAGUGACACAUUUAAAUGUAUAUAUGUUAAAGCAAGAUAUAUUUUUAUGGUCUCUGUCUUUUUUUACCAUUUGUAAAUAAAAUUACAACAUGCAUAUGUGUGCGUUCA